CGGAAGACUGCGCAUGUGCAUCGACUACCGAGCUCUUAACAAGCAGACCAUCAAGAAUAAAUAUCCAAUACCGCGAAUCGAUGACCUGCUUGACCAGCUUCGGGGAGCUACGGUAUUUUCCAAACUGGAUCUGCGGUCCGGAUACUGGCAGAUACGGAUGGCGGACAACUCUAUCCACAAAACUGCUUUCCGAACUCGGUACGGAUCGUACGAGUAUCUGGUAAUGCCAUUCGGACUCACCAACGCACCGGCAACGUUCCAAGCCGAAAUGAACCACAUUCUACGACCACUUUUGGACGAGUGCGUGGUGGUGUACCUGGACGACAUACUCAUCUACUCGCGCGACAUGAAGCAGCACGUCGAACACCCGCGACGCGUCUUCGAAAUUCUUCGACGAGAACGAUUCUACGUCAAACUGUCAAAGAGCGAAUUCGCCCUUGAAAAGGUCCAGUUCCUAGGACACACGGUGAGCGCUCAAGGAGUUCACGUCGACCCCAAGAAAAUCGAGGUCGUACGCACGUGGAAGACACCCGAGAACGGGAAGGUGUUGCAGCAGUUCCUAGGCUUCGCUAAUUACUACAACAGGUUCGUGCCACAGUAUGCAAAAAUCGCAGCACCACUCACGAAUCUGCUGAAGAAGAACACGCCCUACAAAUGGGAGCCGAAGCACCAGGAAGCCGUGGAGCAGCUGAAGCAAGCACUUACGUCCGCACCGGUACUCAUUUUGCCAGACCCCGAACGCGACUACGUCAUCGAAGCUGACGCCAGUGACCAAGCAGUGGGAGCAUUCUUGAUGCAAGAUCAAGGGAAUGGACUGCAACCAAUCGCUUACCUAAGUAAGAAACUGCACGGGGCAGAACUAAACUACCCGAUACACGACAAAGAGGCCCUGGCCAUCAUCAUCGCCUUCAAAGCGUGGAGAUGCUAUCUCGAAGGACGAAGAACAACCGUCUACACUGACCACUGCAGCCUGAAAUAUUUGAAGACACAACCCAACCUUUCCAGGCGGCAGGUCCGGUGGAUCGACUUCCUCGAGACACACUUCCACUACGACAUCGUGUACAAGCCCGGUCACAAGAACAAAGCAGACGCUCUUAGCCGGCCUGCCCACGUUGCCGCUAUUCAGCGACAUCUGCUACAGUGGGACAGUGACAUCGCGUACCGGAAAGGAUCAACGAAAGUCUGGGUACCCAAUUACCCUCCUUUGCGCCAGUUACUACUCGAAGAAUACCACGACGUCCUCUACGCCGGACACUUCGGUAGCAACAAGACGCUGACCGGUAUCGCAAAGCACUACUACUGGCCCCACUUAGCAGAAGAUGUCCAGAAAUUCGUCACCUCGUGUGAUACAUGUCAGCGGAUGAAGAGCAGCAAGCAGAAGAAGGCGGGACUACUGCAGCCUCUUCCUGUCCCAGAACAACCAUGGCAAGUGGUUAGCCUGGACUUCAUCACCGGGUUACCACCUACCUCCAGCGGUCAUGACGCCAUCCUUGUCGUCAUUGACAAGUUCUCCAAAAUGGGACACUUCAUCCCGACACACACGACAGCACGCACCGAAGAAGCAGCACAACUCUUCGUUCGAUACAUGAUCUCACAGCAUGGCAUUCCAACCACACUCAUCUCCGACCGAGACCCUAAGUUCACCAGCAAGUUCUGGAAGGAACUUAUGUCUCUCCUCGGGACCAAACUCGCCAUGUCAUCCGCUUACCAUCCGCAGACAGACGGACAGACCGAGCGCCUCAACCAAAUUGUUGAGCAACUCCUCCGAGCAGCCUGCAAGGACGAGAUCUCCAAAUGGGACUUGCACCUGCCCGUACUAGAGUUUGCUUACAACAAUGCUACACAUGCCGCUACUGGACAGACGCCGUUCUUCCUCUGCUACGGACGCCACCCACUCACACCACAAAAACCGACAGCAUCAGCUACAGUCCAACCCGCACAUGAUUUCAUCACAACCAUGCAUCAGCUUUGGGAUCGGACCCACAAGCGCCUCCUCGACAUUCAACAGCAACAGAAGCGCCAAGCCGAUCGCCAUCGCAACGAUCACACCAUCACGGUGGGAGACCAGGUGCUUCUUGACACCCGCAACCUGGACAUCAGCCAUCUCCCAUCUAAACUUCGACCUCGCUUCUGCGGGCCUUUUCUCGUUGAAGCACAGGUCACUCCUGUUACCUUCCGCUUACGCCUGGCAGCUACCUGGAAGAUUCACAAGGCCUUCCACGUCCAACUUCUGAAGCCCUAUCAGGACCCAAACACGAUCUUCGUUGGAGGCCAACCGCCGCCGCCACCGCCCGUCCUCGUCCAGAAUGAACCCGAGUACGAGGUCGAGUCCGUGCUCGCACACCGCCGUCGUCGGAAUGGCACCGUGGAGCUUCUCAUCCGUUGGAAGGGUUAUGAUCCUUCUGAGGACAGCUGGGUACCUGAGUCUGACAUGGGUAACGCCCGUCGUCCUCUGCAUGACUACCUUGUCAAGCAGGAACACUCAACAGCAGCACCCCCAGAACCAACACCCCAAGAGCGAGAACCCCCUCCAACACCAGCGGCACCCCAGAAGCCGCAGGACGAACACCCUCCUCCACACCAGCACCCCAGGGCCCGAGAGCAGCGGCGGCAGUGGCGGCAACGGGCUGCGUAGCAAAACGCGAGCGCUCAGACA